AUGGGCUGUGUUCUCCUUUUGGCUGCAGCGGCAGGAGCUGUGGCGGUGUGCCUAGUCCUGCGACUAUGGAUAGUGCUUCAUUCCCAGGGCGUUACGCCCCGGGAAUCUCUCAGUCUGUUGGUGGUGGCUGGGUCCGGUGGGCAUACCACUGAGAUCCUGAGGCUGCUUGGGAGCUUGUCCAGUGCUUACUCACCGAGACAUUAUAUCAUUGCUGACACUGAUGAAAUGAGUGCCAAAAAAAUUAAUUCUUUUGAACUAGAUCGAGCUGAUAGAGACCCUAGCACUAUGUAUACCAAAUACUACAUUCACCAAAUUCCAAGAAGCCGAGAGGUUCAGCAGUCCUGGCUCUCCACAGUGAUUACCACCCUGCGUUCCAUGUGGCUCUCCUUUCCCCUGAUUCACCGGGUGAAACCAGAUUUGGUGUUGUGUAAUGGACCAGGAACAUGUGUUCCUAUCGUUGUAUCUGCCCUUCUCCUUGGGAUACUAGGAAUAAAGAAGGUGAUCAUUGUCUACGUUGAAAGCAUCUGCCGCGUGGAAACUUUAUCCCUGUCCGGAAAGAUUCUGUUUCAUCUCUCAGAUUACUUUAUUGUUCAGUGGCCAGCUCUUAAGGAGAAGUACCCUAAAUCUGUGUACCUCGGGAGAAUUGUUUAACAUUGGCAAAUUACUUCUUUAUAAUUUUGUAGUCAACAAUAUUUACUAUAAUUGAAAAAAAAAAAAAAAAAAACCUUUGUGUUUAUUGUAAAGACUUCUGAAAGUCCUGAGAAUUAUUGAUGACCAGGAGUAAAAAAUGUGCAAAUAACUCAGUGGAAAAACCGAGUCUUCUGUUAUAAAGUAAACAUUAAUAACAAUAACCAUUAAGUAUUUAUGCCUCAGUACACCAAAUUUAUUUUCUAGAUGAAAGUGUAAAUAUCACUAUGUGUAAGUUAUCU